CUGGGGGUGGACGUUUUCCCGCUCCGUACACCCAGCGUCCGCUGGAGAGCGGGCGAGCUCAAGGCGAGGACAGCCGGAGGCGGGGCGAGAGUGGGCGGUGACGCAUCCGGCUCCCAGGCUCCCAGGCCAGCUGGCUCCGCCCCCGGGAGCAGCGCCUCCACCGCCUCCGCCGGCGCUCCAACUAAAUGAGCCGGGCUGCGCGCCAGGGCGCCGCAGCGCGUUGGGCCGCCCCCAGCCCUGCAGGCCGCUGGGCUGGCAGCCGGGCAAGCGCCGUUCGAGUUGAGCUGGCGGGCGCGGGAGAACUCUGUGUCGCCUCGCGUCACCCCGCCCCGCCUCCCGCUUGCUUCCCAGGGCCCCGCGCCCCGCCCCGCGCGCAGGCGCAAGACCGCUUUUCGGGUCCGCCGUUCUCGAUAUUUGAAUUUCCCCCAGCCAAGCGAGAGAGACCAAAUACCCGGAUGGUGAUCGCUGGCCUUUUCGCGCCAAUACUGUGAGUUCUCACUACAACCUUGAGAGAGGAAAAAGGCAGGACGGUCUUCUGCUCAUGCCAGCCAAUCAGCAGGACCCCCGCCUUUCUCUGGUCUGCCACUGCCACUCCAGGGCAAGGUCACAGCAUCUGCGUCGGAAGUCACCGGAAAUCACAGGACUUCUUCCUGUUGGCUCAGCUGGGAGGCCAAGGAGCGUUUUGCAAAAACUGUUUGUCUGAAUUUUGAAAUAACUGCGAAGGCUGCCACUCUUUUAAGCUCUUUGCCCCAGGUCACAACUAGGGUUCCAGAUGAAGCCCCAGUCAAGGCAGGCUCUCUGCCACGUGGCUGUGGCCAGCUGCCUCUGUAUGGGCACUGUCUACAUGGGCAUUUUUGAAAGUGUCGCGGUGCAAGUGGGCUAUGAGCACUACGCGGAAGCCCCAGUAGCCAGCUUCCCUGCCUUCCUGGCCAUGCCCUUCAACUCACUCAUUAACUUGGCCUAUGUGCUCCUAGGAGUAUACUGGCUCCGGAGAAAUGUCGACACCAUAGGGCACCCCGAUGAGGUGAGACGGGUUUGUUACCUGAAGGAUGUUUUUGCGGGCAUGGCCCUGAUCUACGGCCCCGUGCAGUGGCUGCGGAUUGGGCUGCAGACGCACCCCACUGCUGUGCUGGACCAGUGGUUCACCUUGCCCAUCUUUGCAUGGCCAGUGGCCUGGUGCCUCUACCUGGAGAGGGGCUGGGAGCCCCACUUGCUCCUUGCCAUUGAGUGCCUCUCACUGUUCAGUUAUGGCCUUGCCCUGCUGCACCCCCGCGGGUUUGAGGUUGCGCUGGGUGCGCACAUCGCUGCCACCGUGGGUCAGGCGCUGCGUGUCCACAGGUGCUACGGCAGCAACUGCUCAGGAGUGUACUUGGUUCUGGGAGUGCUCUCCUGCCUGGGCUUUGUGGUCCUCAAGCUGUAUGACCAUCAGCUGGUGCAGUGGCAUCUCUUCCAGCGGCUCACGGGCCAUUUCUGGUCCAAAGUCUGUGAUGUGCUUCAGUUCCACUUCGCAUUCUUAUUUCUGACAAAUUUAAACACUUGCCAGAGACUCCCUCCUGAGGGGAAGAUGCAGUAAAGUGUGGAAAGACCUUACAGCUGCUUACCCCCAACGUCAAAAUGGACAAACAGAUGACAUGUUGUCCUCAGUGUUAAAUUUCCUGGAUGUGCCCUGGUCUGGUAGCUCAGUUGGUUAGAACACUGUCCUGUUACACUAAGGUUGUGUGUUCAGUCCCCAGUCAGGGCAUAUACAAAAAUCAACCAGUGAAUCCAAUGAAUGCAUAAAUAAAUAAAACAAUAAAUGGAUGCUUUUUAAAAAA